AUGGGUAUUUCCAGGGUUUCAAAGAACAAGACAUGCAGGAAGAAAAGAAAGUAUGAACUCGGUCGCCAGCCGGCUAACACCAAGCUAUCAAGCAACAAAACACUUAGGACGAUUCGUGUUAGAGGUGGCAAUGUGAAAUGCAGAGCUUUGAGAUUGGAUACUGGAAACUGUUCAUGGGGGAGUGAAGCUGUCACUCGAAAAACCCGUUUGCUAAAUGUGGUUUACAAUGCUUCCAACAAUGAGCUUGUGCGAACUCAGACUCUUGUAAAGAGUGCUAUUGUGCAGGUUGAUGCCGCUCCAUUCAAGCAGUGGUACCUUCAACACUAUGGUGUUGAAAUCGGUAGCGCAAAGAAAACUUCUGGCAAGAAAGACUCUGCAGAGGAAAGUGAGGCUGUUACAGAAGAAGUAAAAAAGAGCAACAAUGUACAGAGAAAAUUGGAGCAACGCCAGAAAGAUCGUCGGCUGGAUCCCCUUAUUGAAGUGCAGUUUGGUGGUGGACGAUUGCUUGCCUGCAUUUCUUCUCGACCUGGUCAAUGUGGCAGAGCUGACGGCUACAUCCUGGAAGGUAAGGAGCUGGAAUUUUACAUGAAGAAACUGCAGAAGAAGAAGAACGGAAACGGUGCUGCUUGA